AACCAAACCUCGCUUCCUACUCUGGCCAUCCCUUCAAUUGUAUCUCGAAUUUACGAAAGACCUGUCGGCAAGAAGCAAAGAAAGAGAGGGGAAUCUUCGUAAAUCUGUGGAUAGCAGGGAACAACUAAGCAUUGCGCGCACGUCUGGUGUGUAGACUGGGGGGGCUACUCUGACUGAUACAUGAUUUGUAGCCGCAUUGCACUUUGCACUGCAGGUGAAUUUUCGAACCGAGAAAAAGUUCCGUCCGCUUCCUCUUAGUUUUGAAGGCACUCGAAUUGUCAUUCAUAAGACACGAACCUGUGCCAACGAACGAUACCCCAGCCAUUCAGUAUAUCAGCACGAGCUCUUUAUCCUCCCUCUUCCAGCUGGAAUCAUGUCUCGACGAGAUCCUCGCCCAUCCUCAGAUUUACUUGAAGCUCGAGGUCCCAGUCCAGCUUCUGGUACGACUUCAGGUGCCACUGUAGCUGUGCAGCCUGCCUUAGUCCAACAUCUCGCCGAUGCUACUAAUCUUGGCCCUGACGAUCUUGCGGCCUUACAGUUACAACUUGAAGAAAUGGAACAAUCCCUGAAGGCUCGUGGGACGGAGGAGAAGAAGAAACAAACCUCUCCGAAUUGUUCCACUCGAACAAAGACACAAGCCCAUGAGAAUAAAAGGAAGGCCAACAUUACACGCCAAGUUAGGGAAUCUUAUACUCUUAUAGCCCAAGAUUUCAUAAAGUUUCAAAAUAUUCCGCCAUCAGCUCACGCCAGCAGGAGAUCCCAGUCCGAUGGGUUUAUUCCACCUACCGCCCCUUCACAAUAUCGUCAACGAUCCUGUGGGCUUGAAAAGUUACAACAUGUCCCCGCGGUUCUUCGCUUCAUUGUGAAGACAUUCUUCUUUCUACUCCCUUACAUUAUCUUGAUCUACUUACUUGUACUUGUCCUAUAUUUCACCGUCUUUACCGAUCGAGAAAUAUCUGUCAGUUCCAUAGUUCUGCAAAUGGCCAUCUUCCCAAUUACGACACCCGCCUCCUUCCUGUUAUGUCCGAUUCCGGGCGUGCGUCAAUUGGACGCCCAAGGCUUUUCGCUUUGUCCAGGAUCCAAUAACACUUCCUCAUUUUUCUCGUCUGAUGAAACGACACCCUCCCAGAGUAACGCCGGCAGAAGAGGUGGUGAAUAUGAUCUACCUAAGAUGGAAGACUUCGAGGUCAUGGACCGAUUCGAGAGCCUCAUCUCAACCGCCUUCUGGGAAGAAUCACUCGCACACACACACGGCAUCGAAGCCGUAGCCAAUUACCUCCGCGCCUCGCGCUCGUCAUACCAAUCUCUCUAUAACGCCUGGAGAUGGACUCCUGAUCCAACCCUUCGCGAUCGGCGGGAGAACUUGCUAAAACGCCUGGUGGAAGUAGUGGCCUGUCUGAAUGAUGAGGCCGACGCCCUAAUGGACUUCCUUGGUACGACUCGGAGUACGUGGUUGACUAUUGAAACCACGCUGGGCUUUUUCCGGGUGAAAAUGAAACGCCUCCUUGAAUCGUUACCGUCGUCGUCACCAGAAGGAUGGUGGGCGCAAGCUUGGGACUGGACGAAAGCAAGCGGCAGUAGGUACUGGAGGAGGCAGGCGGAGGGUUUGAAAGCCCAAUAUGUCUAUUACGCCACUAGCAUUAUUGCCGAGAUUGACCGGUUGAUUGCAGACCUCGAUAAGACUAUCGACUUUGCUAGCGUAACGGACGAGUCCGUUGAACAUGUGAGGAGCGACUUACAUAACCUGCAGGCUGAUAGGAAGCAGCAAUGCGAUGCGCAAUGGGAUGCGCAAUCUUGGUGGGUGAAAUACUGGUGGGAGAAAAAGGGAAGUGAGUGGUUGAACGAGGAGAGGAUAGUCAGCAAUUUGGUUGACGGUCAUACGGAUAUGAUUGCCUCGUUGAGUAGGGUGCGAAACAUGCUGAAGAACAAAAGAAAUGACUGGCAAGAAUUCCAGAGAAUCCUCCGACGUGGUGACAUUGAUUUUAGUGUCCUCAGCAAUCGCUCCUCAUCCUCAACAUCUGCCGAUUCUGAAUCUUCUUUCACCUCAAGUGGUAGUAACAGUAAAGGUGAAGCGGCUCAAGGUAAAAAGCGCACCUAUGGCCGAGGGAAUGAGAAGGUCGCGUUCGAGCGACAUUUCAAGCUUGUGGAUAGGGCGUGGCAAGAAUAUAAGCAUAGGUCUAACGCUGAAAUAAGAAGGAAAGGAAGGAGGGCAUGGGAUGAUGAGGAUGAUGAAGUGAGGAGAGAAAUCGAAGGCGGGAAAAGGAUGGGGUAAAGAUUCAGACCAGGAUAGUUAUGUAGGUUGGUGGUUGGAUAGAUGGAUAAGUGGCUGCGUGAAGACAGUGGCUGGAUGGGCGGAUAGUUGAAUGGACAAAUCGCUACAUACAGGGUAGUUCAAGCAGCAAGAGAAGCAGAAGAAAGUACGCAGUCUUCAAUGAAAGUCUUGUUUGG